AGCUAUUACAGACGUAUGCAACGUGACUCCCCUUUACAACCAUUUCGUUCGCUCAGCAGAAGCUCGGACAAGGCGGCGGGGUCGUGCUGGGACGUGUCCGGCUCAGGCGCGCCGUCGUACGAGCGGUCCGUGUCCGAGUCGGACAAGGCGUCCGCGCCCUUGGACAAGGCGCGCGCGCUGUCGCUUGACUUGGACAAGCAGCCUGCGGCGCUUACAGGAAGCGGACGACGUAAUAGAGACUUCACGCCAAAGAUCCUCAUCAUUUGGUUGGACGACUUUGAAGACCAUCUCAAUCUACCAAUAGAUGACCUUCUCCGUUACUGUGAGACGGGUCUCCCGUGGCGGCGCCACGAGGCCUACGUGAUGUGUGUGUCGCCUCGCCGCAGCGGACUACUUCUCGUCCGUGUACCGCCGCCUGCUUCUUCCGCUGGAGUAUUAGCAGAUGGCGCCCAGUUGGCGCCUAGUUUACUGCCCGACUGUCUUAGGAGAGCGGCGUUGGACAGGGCGAGACGAGCUAGGCUGCAGACUGAUCUAUAUCAACCGCCCCACGUGAAACGGCGCCACCUCAUCCAA